GUCUCCCUCAGCUUUCUUUCCUCGCUCGCGCCUUCUCCGCCAGCUGAGCCCCCCCUCCUAUCCACCGUCCGAAGCCACACGGACCGUCCGAUCACACGAGAAUCCCUUCCCGCCCCAUCGCCUCCCUCCCCUCCUUUACAGCGGUCAUUCACGUCUCUGAUUGAACGCUCAAGUCCGUGAUUAUAGCUAUCAAAUAGCUCUCGGAUAUGUCUGGACCGCUUGACCGAUUUGCCAGGCCCUGUUUUGAGGGGAUGUCUAGUCAUGAUGAAAGAAAAGAGCGGAGAUCAGAUUUUGAGAAUUCAGAAGAUGAAAGGAGGACGAGGAUUGGAUCUUUGAAGAAAAAGGCUAUAAAUGCAUCAACUAAAUUCAGGCGUUCUUUGAGGAAAAAGAGUAGAAGGAAGAGUGAGAAUCGAGUUCUUUCGAUUAAGGAUGUCAGGGAUAUUGGAGAGCUACAAGCUGUUGAUGAAUUUCGUCAGUCAUUAAUCAUGGAUGAGUUGCUACCUUCAAAACUUGAUGAUUACCAUAUGAUGCUGAGAUUUCUGAAAGCACGAAAAUUUGAUGUUGAGAAAGCAAAGCAAAUGUGGUCAGAAAUGCUUCAAUGGAGGAAGGAGUUUGGUGUUGACUCUAUUAUAGAGGAUUUUGAGUAUACAGAGUUAAAUGAAGUUCUACAGUACUACCCACAUGGUUAUCAUGGCGUGGAUAAGGAGGGAAGACCUGUUUACAUUGAAAGGCUUGGAAAAAUAGAUCCCAACAAGCUAAUGCAAGUGACAACUAUAGAUCGAUAUCUUAAAUACCAUGUGAAGGAGUUUGAGAGGUGCUUUGCAAUUAAGUUUCCAGCUUGCUCGAUAGCUGCAAAGAAGCAUAUUGACUCAAGUACAACAAUUCUAGAUGUUCAAGGUGUGGGUUUAAAAAACUUCACCAAGUCCGCACGAGAACUUAUUGUGCGGUUGCAGAAAAUUGACAAUGACAACUACCCAGAGACAUUAUGCCAAAUGUUUAUUAUUAAUGCUGGCCCAGGUUUUCGGCUGCUAUGGAACACUGUGAAAUCUUUUCUUGACCCUAGAACUACUUCCAAGAUUCAUGUUUUAGGAACCAAGUACCAAAAUAAGCUGCUUGAAGUAAUUGAUGCCAGUGAGCUGCCAGAAUUUCUUGGUGGUACUUGCACCUGUGCCGAGCAUGGAGGAUGUCUUAAAUCUGAUCGAGGCCCAUGGAAGGACCCUAACAUAUCGACGAUGGUCCUUAGUGGGGAAGCACAAUGUGCUAGGCAAAUUGUUACUGUUUCAAACAGUGAAGGGAAGGUCAUUUCUUUUGCUAAGCCACAAUACCCAACUAUAAAAGGAGGGGACACAUCUACUGCAGAGUCUGGGUCAGAAGCCGAAGACAUUGCUUCUCCAAAGGCACCAGGGAACUAUAGCUCUAAUCCCCAGUUGACCCCUGUUCUUGAAGAGGGAAAAAUGGUUGGGAAUGCUAGCCUUUCUGUUGGAUCCCCUGAGUUCCAGGAAUGCGUUCCCAUGGUCGACAAGGCUAUAGAUUCAAGUUGGAAUAGAGAAGCUUCUAGUCAAUUUCAUUUUGCCCCAAAAGGUUUAUUUUCUUUGAUUGAUGUGUGUAAGCAUCAUCAAGAAGUUCGAGCUCAAAUUGUCACAUGGCUGACAGCUAUCAUCAUGACCCUUUUCACACUGCUUCGUUCAAUCACCAGCCAUGUGACCAAGAAAUUCCCAGAAAGAAAGACUUUUGAUCUUGACAACGGCUACCCUGAAUAUGCAUCAGACUCUAGUCCUAAAGAGGAAUUUCGACCUCCAUCGCCUUCUCCUGGUUACACAGAGGUAGAUCUCCUUUCAUCUGUUCUAAAAAGGCUGGGAGAGCUGGAGGGAAAAGUUGACAUUCUUCAAGCAAAACCAUCUGAAUUGCCUUAUGAGAAGGAAGAGUUGCUUAAUGCUGCUGUUCACCGUGUGGAUGCAUUAGAAGCUGAGCUUAUCGCUACUAAGAAGGCUUUACAUGGAGCUCUAAUGAGGCAAGACGAACUGCUUGCAUACAUUGACCAGCAAAAGGAGACCAAGUUCCGGAAGAAAAAAUUCUGCUUCUAAAGCUUGGUACCAUCAUGAAUUGGUUUGGCCAUUACCACUCUGCUAUUCAUGCUCUUUAUAAUGAAAGAGGUUUGCAAUGUGUGUAUCUAUUGACUUUGAUAGCUACGAUAUAAUGCAUGUAUAAAAAGAUUGUGCGCCUUUGUGUUGUAUUCAGAUGUGAAUAAUCUAGUGGAAUCAAAUAUGAUCACAGUAUUUUGUGCA